CAUUGGAUGGUCGCCUGUCAACACGUGUAGAAUUGUUACUCCUCAGAUGAGUUUCCACUACUUAACUCUGUACUCGACUCUAUAUCAUCGUUUUGACCAUGAACCAGUUCAAGAUAACCGUGAUGAGUUGACGGUCACGUCAUUUAUCAAGAUUCGCCGGACAUGCUAAACUAGCUUGGUAAACAUCUCACCCAGUCGUCGAAUCGAAGCGACUAUUUGUUGUUGCAGCUUGACUUCACCGGCGUAGUGAUGGCUGAUGCGUUCAGUAGCAGCUCGGAAAAUGUGAUACAGCGGCAGGUGGACGUCAGAGAGACGUCCAGGACGCCACAGGGAAACCUCGAGGACUUGUAUCAGAUAAAGGAAACAUGCGACUUCAUAACACACAACCAGUUCCAAAAGGUUGCACUUCAGUUUCCUGACGGCCUCCUUCAAGAUUCAGUCGCUGUCACAGCGGAGAUUGAGAGAAAUUGUGACUCCAAAGUGUUUAUAUUGGGCGACACGUCCUAUGGAAGCUGUUGUGUUGACGAAGUGGCAGCGGAGCAUGUUGGAGCCGACUGCAUGGUGCACUACGGCAGCGCUUGCCUCAGCCCGUCCAAGAGACUGCCCCUCAUCUAUGUGUUUGAGAAACGACCCCUGGAGCUGGAGGCGUGUGCUUCUGCGUUCAGGCAACUCUACCCGGACACGCAGAGUCACGUCAUUGUCCUCUAUGACGUCAGCUACACCCACGCAAUUGAUGACCUUGCGGAACGACUUUCCCCGGAAUAUCCAAACCUCGUCUUGUCCUCCCUCUUCGUUGAAGGAGAUCGGUGUCAUCUUCACGGCCCCGUUAAAAGCAAACACGGUGGUGGUCGGUCUGAACAGGGUGACGGCCAAGUUCUCCGUCAGUUUGGGCGGCAGAUGUGCCUUAAACACGGACUGAAUAUCAGUGACUAUGCGAUGUUCUAUGUUGGCCAGGAGGGGGCAACCUUGAGGAACUUCAUGAUGACUUGGAAUCGCUGCUGCUUCUGUUCCUUUGACCCCGACACUAAAGUGGGGAGGACCGAGUCUGUUAAUGUGAACAGAGCCCUGAUGAAAAGAUACUACGCCGUGGAGCGUGCCAAAGAUGCCAGCGUGGUGGGCAUCUUGGUGGGGACGCUCGGGGUGGAGAACUACCUGUCCAUCAUCCAGCAGUUGAAGGAGACCAUCCACAGAGCGGGCAAGAAGAGCUACAUGUUUGCCAUGGGGAAGCUGAACGUGGCCAAACUGGCCAACUUUCUGGAAAUUGACAUCUUCGUAUUGAUCGCGUGUCCGGAGAACUCUCUGUUGGACUCCAGCGAGUUCUACAAACCCGUGGUGACGCCGUUUGAGAUGGAGGUGGCGUGCAACAAGAACCGGGAGUGGUCUGAGGAGUACGUCACCGACUUCCGCCAUCUCCUGCCAGGUGGGAGGAGUCAUGUUCCGGUGGCUGACGGUCAGGAGGAAAUGGAGCAGACAGACGUGUCGUUGAUCACAGGAGCGCUGCGCAGCAGUCACUUGCAGGACAGUGAUCACUCGCCUUUCAUCACGUUAGUGGUGCUCCGGAACCAAACUAUGACCCUCGCCAACACCAACACAGCUGCAUCAUUCCUGGCGAAUCGCAGCUGGCACGGCUUGGAGCAGAAGUUGGGUGAGACGCCGGUGGAGAAGGCAGUACAAGGCCGUAGAGGCAUCGCCAUCGCUUACGAAGAGGAGGGAACAUCGUAGCACUCGAUUCAGAACGUCGUAUAUCACCUCUCCUGCGACAUUCAUUUAAUAACAAUCUGAAAAUUCAAUGUACUGUAAUGUAUCUGACUUGUAUGUGGUCACAUGAGGCACAUGCCGGGUGCGUUCAAAGCCAUGUGGAAAGACCUAUAAUGGAUCACAGUGUCAUGAAUCUGUGCACAAUACAAAAUUAAAGUCAGAGUUAAAGAUACUAAUUCAUAUGCUAAUCAUGGAAUACAGAUAAAAUACUUCAUAAAUUCAUUUAAUCAUAUUUAAGCAGCUCUGUGUUGAAACAAUUGUUUGCAUCGUGUGCUUUACACUUGGCAGGUUUUCUACAGCUUUCACAAUUUUGUGAUUAAAUAAGCUCUGGAAUAUGACAAUACAGUGACGCAGCUGCGGUGGAGCUUGUGUUUGUUACUCUACUUGACCAUUCUUGGAAACCUCCUCCACAAAGGAUGCAGGAAAUAUCCCAGUCUGUCCAUGGCAUUGUCCUUCCAGCCAGUCCUGGUUCACUGUAGGGUACGAAACGGAUCAGUCUAUAUUUGGUUUUGAAUAUUACUCACUGGUGAAGACCCACCUCUGCAGAGCAGCAUGAUGGUAUCACCCUGCUGGAAAGUCAGGUCCUCUGGACUGGAGGACUCAUAGGAAUGAAGUGCCACCAAACUGAUCUCACUUUCUGGCUUGAUAGAAUCACUGUUCUGAGGAGACCAAAUCUGCUUCAGGUUUUCAAGUGCACAAGUGGCUCAUUCCACUGACAACUGGCACUGGUGAAGUCUCAUAUACUGCCAUAUUACUAAGAAUAAUGACAAUAUAUUUAAAGACAUACUACCUUGGUAUUGAAACACCAUAAAGCGACGCGCCCGCUGCCGGCUCUGCUCCACACACUCUCCAUCUCUGUGUCGCCGUUGAUCUCGCUCUCCUGAUUUAACUCGGCGUUUGAACUUCAUCAAACACAAGACUCAAUUACAGAAGAACUGUGACACGUGACUUCAUGCUGCCGUGUACCUCAGAGUGAGGGUGGAAGACGAGACGUUCAGCUUCUUGCUGAUGACCUCCAUCAGCGAGGAGUAGGAGGAGCCGGGUGUGACGGAGACAGCGAAGUUGAAGGUGUAAUAGACUUUGACGAUGCACGUGUUCUCAGCUGGCUUCACUGGCGUGUGGGAGACUGCAGUUCUCUUGAGCAGAAACCAUAACUUACAUUAAAUAUGGUUUCUAAAUAUGACUGAAAAAUAUUUGAAAACCCAAACAUCACGAGUGAAGACGCUGAUUCAUACUUGGUGAAAUAACAUGAAACUCAAUGGUGUCGUCUUUACCUUCACAGGUGCGUCUCGUUUGCUGGUCUCUUUCUCCACUUUGGUGCCUUGAUCAGAGACAGUCAACACAUGGUCACUGUAGAGUUCAAGUUCUCUAGUUGAGACAGAAUAGAAUUUCACACACUUCCUGUUUAUCUCAUGGGCCUCACACUUUAUGAGGCCUCAGGAAACUGUCCUCAGACUCUGCUCUAAAAUCUUUGCAGUUGAACAGCCAUGUCAAGCCCACAUCAUUUUAAAACUGAGAGCGCCGCCUACUGGGCUGUGAAAAUGAGGACACUGUUUUUAUAAGCCCAUAACUCAGAUGUACAGAACUGCAUCCUUUUAAACAAUGAAACAAACUGAUCAAAAUGGAUAUUUUUUUAAUUUCAGUGACCAGAUCUGGUGAUAAUAAAUUCCAGAGCAGGCUCAUCCACUC